AUGGCUGCCACAUCUGUCUUGCUCCUGCUGGUCACUCUUCUGCCCCCUCAAGGGCUCACAGUCUACCAGCCCACCAUUGUGAAUGGAGAAAAGACCAAAACCAACUCUAAACCCUACAUGGUCUCUGUGCAGGAGAGGAACAAGGAAAUGGAAAAGAGGGAACAUAUGUGUGGGGGCUUUCUUGUGUCAGAUAACUUUGUCAUGACGGCCGUUCACUGCUACACAAGAGGUGAGAAUCUGAUGGUUGUGGUUGGUGCUCAUGACAUUUCAAGGCAGGAAAGCUCUGCUCGCAAGAUUGAUGUGAAAUAUUACCACAUACAUCCUGGUUACAAUUCUAAGACAUUUCAGAACGACAUCAUGCUGUUGCAGCUCGUCAAAACUACGCCGAAAAGCAAAGCUGUGCAACAGAUCCCUCUCCCUAAGAAGACAAGGACAUCAAGGCCAACUGACAUCUACUGUACUGUAGCUGGGUAGGGUGCCACUAAAACAGGCGGAACUGCAAACCCACAUCUUCUGGAGGUGUCGUCCGUCGUAGACAGAGCCUCCUGCCAGAGAUCAUGGGGGAACACUGCCACCAUAACCCUGUCUAUGAUAUGUGCUGGUGAUACUGCGGCUGGUUAUAAAGGUGUUUGUCAGGGAGAUUCAGAUGGUCCUCUGGUGUGUAAGGGGACAGCAGUGAGAGUUGUGUCCUUCAAUGAAAAAGGAAACUGUGACAAUCCCAAGGAGCCCAACGUCUACACAAAAGUUGCCAAGUACCUCUCCUGGAUCAAGUGUAUCAUAAAGUAUUAAGGAACCAAAUGGAGACAUUUGUAAUUAAUAAAAUGUAAUUUAUCAAACAGAAAAGACCAUCAGUCCUUAAAUAAACUCAGUGCUGUGUGUUAGCGUGAGUGUGUGAGAAGAAUAUGAAUGUGCUUGUAAGAGAGAGUGUUUAUGCAUGCACGUGUGUGUCUUUUCCAUCUUUCACUUCAGACCAAGGGUAUGUGCAAUUAUAAUGAUGACUUAGCUCUUUAAGCCAACAAGUAUACAUCUUUAGAAAGAUAGCUCCUCUUACAUCUUCAGCUGUCUUCAUCAAACUCCACCACACGUGGAAACUUGUGGUCAAGACAACAAAGUAACUCUGGUUUCAUGAAGGCGACACAAUGCUU